UCCCACUGUUCUAUAACUAAAGUCUGAUAUACUGGUAGAAAGGCCAUAGAAACACUGCCGGAACGACAAAAUAACAUAACAUGAAAUAGUAAAAGAUUGGGCAGAGUAAUCCAGCAUUAACUGAAGGGCCGCACGGCAAUGGAUUGAUGUGCCAAAGUGCAUAAUAGAAAGUGCAAUAACCGUUGCGUGAACUGCACGGAAAGAAAGCCUAUUAAGCAGCUCGAAGAAACAAAUAGUAUAUUGUGCAUACACAUACGUAUACAUCGUACAAAAAGAACUGAAAAAAUCGAACAGGAAUAACAAAAUGAUGAUUUUCUAUGUCAAAUACGCGUUUCUCUUUUGGCUGACGAUUGGCAGCAACCGAGGUGAACUGCUGCUGAUGAGCCAGAUCUCAGAGGACAAGACGCUCCUCACGGUGUCCGCCUGCACCCAGCGCUGCCUGGAAGAAACAAAGAACUUUCUUGAGUGCUUCAAGAUCUGCAGGGAGAACGAGGCCAGCGACUAUGCUCCGGCAACGGUGCGCAGAAUACAGGAGAACUACCAGCUGAAGAUGGUAUGUCGCACAGAGUCGAUGCUGGCCUUCCGCAUAGAUUGGGUGCAGCACAGCAGGUUGGAGCUGGGCCAGACACCGAACGCCACGUACAUCAUCAAAGUGAAUGCUGUCAGUGAGGACAUUGUGGAGUCGAAGCUCUUUCUGUCAGAUGACAACUUCCUGGUCCUGCACUCACUGGAAGCCUACACUGAGCACAACAUUACCGCUCUGGCUGUGCACAGCGAUGGCAGCUACUCCGUGAUAGCCAACGAGGAAACAUUUGGCACCCUGAGGCGUGGCUAUCAGCCCAGCAAGAUGGGUGCCGUGAAGCUGCUUGGGUUUGUCCAGCCCCAGGAAGAUGGGCAACAUAUUGCCGCCGAGAUAGAGUGGCAGCCCUCUGCAGACCGCAACUGUUUCUUCGAUCUGGUGUAUUAUUCAACCGAAAGCGUGACAAUGGAUCAGCCUAUGCAAUUGGAGUUUCGCGAUCCGCGUCGACUGUACAGACACACCAUCGACAGCCUGAAGUUCGGGGAGCAGUACAUGGUGGGCGUGCGGACGGUGAACUACUUAAACAUGCUGGAGAGCGACCUGAAGUGGUUGGUAGUGCAGGCUCCAAAUUGUCUGGACUGGCAUCACUUUAACUACACGCUCUGCGCACCGACCAAACCGUCAAAUCUAUCCGUGACACAGGAGCAGUAUUUAGAGAACACACUGGCACUGAAUGUCAGCUGGCAGCGGCCCAGCCACCUGCCCGAUUACUACACACUUCACAUCCUCGACCUGCACCUGGAAAGCCAAGAGGCGAACUUCACUUUGGACGGGAAUGCGAGCUACUGCUUCAUUCCCAUGAUUAAGGUGCUGGGAUCUAGCUUUGAGGUGCACUUAGUGGCCCAUACGGCGGGCGGCAGGAAUGCCUCUGGAGUGUUGCUGGACAAGGCGCCUCGCGACGAGUGGCUGAAGGAGGGAAAUCUGAUCAAGCUCUUGGUAUUUGUCAUUGUCCCCGUCUUCUGCAUCAUCAUUCUGUGCUCACUGACGUUCUGCAAGCGCAAUCGUCAGGACGCCCAGGCCGUGGACAUGGAGUCGAAGGAGAAGGCCAAUCAGAACAACUUCCAUCUCUCACUGAUAGACAGUAGCGGCCUGUUGGUCACUCUCUCGGCCAACGAGAGUUUUGACUUUGUUGAUGAGCUGGAGGUGGAGCCGCAAACCGUGCUCCUGCUGGAUGUGCUGGGCGAGGGUGCCUUUGGCCUGGUGCGACGCGGCGUGUACAAGAAGCGACAGGUGGCCGUCAAGCUGCUGAAAGAUGAGCCCAACGAGGAGGAUGUGUAUGCGUUCAAGUGUGAGAUCCAGAUGCUUAAGGCGGUGGGCAAGCAUCCCAACAUCGUGGGCAUCGUGGGCUACUCGACGAGGUACAGCAAUCGCAUGAUGCUGCUCAUCGAGUACUGCAGCCUCGGCAGUCUGCAAAACUUUCUGCGCGAGGAGUGGAAGUUUAGACAGGAGCGCAGUGCGAUCCACUUGAAGCAGAAGCACGAGCAGGAAUUCGAGAAGCGGAGAGUGCAACGUCCGAAACGUAGUCCUUCUCUUGAUCUGGAUCGGAACAUACGCAUCGAGGAGAUCAACUGUUCCAUGCUGUCCACCGUGGAGGAGGAGUCCGACACAGAUCAGACGCGCACCAGCAACCGCGUGGAGACCUACUCUCUCGCAAGAUUCACCAAUGCAGCAGACAACAAGUCCUACGGACUCGAUGACAUUGAAAACAUUGGAAGUAGCAUGACCCUGCCACCAUUUUCGAAAGAGUCGAAGAUCCAGCAAGUCGAUCCAGAGAAAGGGGAAGGGACAGCGACUAAGCGAACCUUCGAGAACAAGGAAUACUUUGAUUCGCGAGCAGACCCUAAGCUAAGUCCCCAACGAGCGCCACUCAAGUACGCGGAUUUGUUGGACAUCGCCCAGCAGGUCGCCGUCGGCAUGGAGUUCCUGGCGCAGAACAAAGUGGUGCACCGCGACCUGGCAGCACGCAAUGUCUUGAUCUCCCUGGACCGUAGCAUUAAGAUAGCCGACUUUGGGCUCAGUCGCGAUGUUUACCACGAGAACGUCUAUCGCAAGAGCGGAGUCAGCGGAAAGUUGCCCAUCAAGUGGCUGGCCCUGGAGUCACUCACCCAUCAGGUGUACACCAGUCAGAGCGAUGUUUGGUCCUUUGGUGUGCUGCUCUAUGAGAUUAUGACCCUCGGCGGAAUGCCCUAUCCAUCUGUAUCGCCCGGCGACCUGCUCCAGAUGCUGCGCCAGGGCCACCGCAUGAAGCGGCCGGAGGGCUGCACACACGAAAUGUUCGGUCUGAUGAAGAGCUGCUGGAGCUCGAUACCCUCCCACAGACCCACAUUCACCGGUCUCAAAGAGCGUCUGGGUGGGAUGAUUCUGGCCACCAACGAAAUGCCGCUUCGCCUGCAGAAGCAAGCAGAAGCCAAGUCCAAGUCAAAGGCAGAAACACAGCCCGAGCCAGAGGCAUGUGGCAUCAUGCACAGUAGCAAAGGGGUGCCGGAGCAGGAGCUGCCCAAGGAUGCAGAGACUUACUUGGAGCCUUUGAACUAGUGGGAUAACAUCAGACGAAAUGGAGGUCAUUAAGCACGCAAAUUAAUGCGUUUAAUGUGCAAUAUGAUAUGAUAUGAAUCAAAUUCAGACAACGCUGAGAAGCAGCUACGAGUAGAUUACCUCUUAUUUGAAAUAAACAUUGAAAUCAGAUUCAAGAGAACCUGAGGCUCCAA